CACCAGUUACCCUGAUAUUCAUUCACAUAUAAAACUUUAAUUCAAAAUCGAUUUAAAACGCAAUUUCAUCACAUACCUACAUUACCCUUGUUAUUCUACAAUUUUGUUGAUUUAUUAUUCAUAAUCAGUUUUACAGGCUUCAUUUCAUGACACUUCGAAAAUAAUUAUAAAAAAUUACGGGUGUAAUAGUCUGUAUGUGUUGACAGAAUGUGUUGAGCGAAUUAUUCAAGAUAUGAAUCUGAAAUUAUCAAGAAGAGAUAUACAAUUUUUCGGAAACGUAUGUUUCCACCACGGUUUGCUCGGUUUCAUGCCGUGUUUCCUCUUCAGAGAUGGCAGCAUCGUUGAAGUUCCAAAAAUGCGAUAUUUCAGUAAUUUCGCAAUCGCCAUUUUCUUGGCCACCCAAAUAUUUUCAAUUUAUCCUAUAUACAAGUACAACUUUCCCCAUUUCGUCGGUUCACAAAUGUUGGUAUCAUUUGCUUUCAUUCUGACAAACAUAAUCUUUUACGUAUUGUGUUUCACAAACAGUACUAUAAAUCAGAGAAGAAGAUGGAAGCGAAUAAUGCAUCUGUUUUUGAAAACGGAUGUGAUUCUAGGGAAUAGAAACGAAAUGGAUUGGAACAUUUUUAAAAAUCCCAACUUGCAGUUUAUUGUAUGGCAUAUUAUUUUUAUCUUCACAAUAUUUCUUCGAAUUAGCAAUUAUAGAAAUAUGAAUCUACAGUUGGUAAUAAGUCAUAUUAUGAACUUUAUGGGGUUUUAUUACCAGUGUUUUUUCUCUAUUUUCACCUCGAAUUUAUGUUUAGCCAUAAAAUGCAGAUUCAGCGAUGGUAGGGCUCUACUUACCCGAGAAUAUCAACAAAUACACUGCUCGGACGAUUCGAAAUACAGAAUAAAGAAAAUCGUCAAGAAUGUAAAAGGUGUAUUCGAAGCCACUGAUGAACUCAUCAGAAUAUUAAGCGAUGUACUAGGGUGGCAGAUUUUGGUCAUUUUUUUCAGAUCAGUUGUAGCUAUUCUUGGGUUCGUCGAUGGUUUGGUAACAAACACUUUGAAAUCUUCUAAUAGAUCCACCAUGAUCUCUGUGUGCAUGCUCAUUGGCAAAGCAGUGUUCAACUUCUCCAUCAUAAUCUACAGCUGUCAUUCUGCUACUAGGGAAGCUGAAAAAUUAUACUACAGCUCAAAAAACCUGGAGAAAAAAUUUCACCCUCACAGCUGCGAAGCUAGAGAAUUGAAAUUUUUAUCGAUGCAACUGGAGUAUAGAUCAGUGUUUUCAGCUGCUGGUUUCAUCAACAUUGACAGCAAGACAUUGCUGAGUAUUAUCAGUAUAGUGUCAACCUAUCUCAUUGUAAUCAUCCAAUUGAACAAUGGAGUUCUUCAAUCUCCAAUACAAGGCACUUAAUUAAGCUCAUCGACAAUUUAUAAAUUUUAUUAGGAAGUAUGUAUAAUAUAAUUAUUUUCCAUUAUCAAACAGUAUUAGGGAAAUAACACCUAUUGCCAAUAAUGGCUUCAGGUUCAAGUUUUCGAAAUAUGUGUAAUGAUAUUUAAGACGUCGAAAUCGAAGUAAUAACUUUCAGCCAGCGCCAUCUUAUCAACUUCUCUGGAGUCUUCUACACCGACUAAUGAACUUCAAAGUUGCC